AUGGGGUUGGAGAUGGGUUUCGAUCGUACUCGCAGUCAACCAUCAACCCGCGCAGCCCACCACCCAGCAGCACCUUCGCAACCACAUACAUUCAAAAUGGAUUCCGCUAAGCAGCCUGUCAAGCUUGUGAAGGUCACCCGCGUCCUGGGCCGUACCGGCUCCCGCGGUGGUGUCACCCAAGUCCGCGUCGAGUUCAUGGACGACGAGACCCGUUCCAUUAUCCGUAACGUCAAGGGACCCGUCCGUGAGGACGAUAUCCUCUGCUUGCUCGAGUCUGAGCGUGAGGCCCGCAGACUGAGAUAA